AUGGAGAUGGAGCAUUUUGACGAGAGAAACAAGGUUCAGAGGAAUAGCCGCGGCAGUUCACGGGCGAACGGGGUACUGAGUCCGACGCACAGCGCCCACUGCAGCCUAUACCGAACACGCACCCUUAAGGCACUUAGUUCGGAGAAAAAGGCGAAAAAGGUACGGUUCUACCGCAACGGCGAUCGGUACUUCAACGGAAUAGUGUAUGCCAUUUCCACGGACAGGUUCCGGUCCUUUGACGCGCUGCUGGCUGAUCUCACCCGCACGCUUUCUGACAACGUCAACUUGCCGCAAGGUGUUCGAAUCAUAUACACAAUUGAUGGCUCGAAAAAGAUCACCACCAUCGAUCAGCUGGUGGAAGGUGAGAGUUAUGUCUGUGGGUCUAUUGAGGCAUUCAAAAAGCUAGACUACACAAAGAACGUCAACCCUAACUGGUCUGUGAACGUGAAAGCCUCCUCGACAACGAGAUGCCCUCCCUCCUUGGCCAGUUCCAAAUCGGGACCCUUGGAGGCCAAGGAGAACAAGGAUUUCAUCCGGCCCAAGCUCGUGACCAUCAUCCGGAGCGGAGUCAAACCCCGCAAAGCUGUCCGUAUCCUGCUCAACAAGAAGACGGCCCACUCGUUCGAACAAGUCCUCACGGACAUAACCGACGCCAUAAAGCUCGAUUCCGGGGUCGUCAAGAGAGUUUACACUCUGGAGGGAAAACAGGUAACAUGCCUGCAGGACUUCUUCGGAGACGAGGACGUCUUCAUUGCAUGUGGCCCCGAGAAGUUCCGUUACCAGGACGACUUCCUUUUGGAUGAAAGUGAAUGCAGGAUGGUGAAGUCCACCUCCUAUGGGAAAAUACAGAGGGGUUCUCCUCGCAGCGUUGGCUUGUCUCGACACAGCAAAUCUCCCGUCGGCUCAGGUACGCUUAACGGGACUCCAGCUAGCCAGCUGUCCACCCCUCGCUCAAUGAAUUCACCGAGCCCUUCUCCAACCAACCAAGGGAGCCUCAAAAAACGCACGGAAUCCCAGAUGAGCGACUCCUCUCUCUCCUUGGCCUCUACCAAAGUGUGCAGCUCUGUGGAGGAGACUGAGGAUCCUGUCACCGAACCCGUGGAAGAGUGUCCGCCGGUGCCUACUUCCAUAUCGGACAGGUACAAGGUGGGGCGGAUGAUCGGCGACGGGAACUUCGCGGUGGUCCACGAGUGUGUGGAGCGAUCCACAGGGAGAGCCUACGCUCUAAAGAUCAUCAACAAGGGCAAAUGCAGGGGGAAGGAACACAUGAUUCAGAAUGAAGUGGCCAUUUUGAGAAGAGUGAAACAUCCAAACAUCGUGCUGCUGAUUGAGGAGAUGGACACCUACAGUGAGCUUCACCUGAUUAUGGAGCUAGUCAAGGGUGGCGAUCUCUUCGACGCUAUUACUUCCGCCAACAGAUACACAGAGCGGGAUGCCAGUGGUAUGCUCUUCAACUUGGCCAAUGCCAUCAAGUAUCUCCACAGCCUUAACAUCGUCCACCGAGACAUCAAACCCGAGAACCUUCUGGUAUAUGAGCAUCAGGAUGGCAGUAAAUCGUUGAAACUUGGCGACUUUGGCCUGGCCACAGUGGUGGAUGGACCCCUGUACACCGUGUGUGGAACCCCCACCUACGUAGCCCCAGAGAUCAUCGCUGAGACUGGGUAUGGUCUUAAGGUGGAUAUCUGGGCAGCUGGUGUCAUCACAUAUAUUCUCUUAUGUGGAUUUCCACCUUUCCGAGGGAGCACUGAAGAUCAAGAGGCUCUGUUUGAUCAGAUCUUACUGGGCCAGUUAGAAUUUCCUCUUCCAUACUGGGACAACGUUUCAGACUCAGCCAAGGAGCUGAUUACGUCUAUGCUUCAGGUGGAAGUAGAUCAGAGAUACACAGCCCUGCAGGUUCUGGAACACCCCUGGGUCACUAAUGACGGCUUGUCUGAGAACGAACACCAGCUGUCCGUGGCAGGGAAAAUUAAGAAGCACUUUAACACAGGCACUAAGCCAGACAGCAAUGGGUCUGGAGAGUCAGUCAUCCUGCUCGACCACGACUUUUCCAUUCAGAGGUCAGGGUCACUGGACUUCUAUCAGCACCCGGGCAUGUACUGGAUAAGACCUCCACUCUUGAUAAGGAGAGGACGAUUUUCGGAUGAAGAUGCUACCAGAAUGUGA